UACCUUCCAAAGUCUGAGCGAGGUAUGGGUGUUGUUGGCCUAAGGAGUGUCCAGUGUACUGGAAACGAGACUCAGCUGAUGCUCUGCAACACCUCCCAUUAUCAGACAGAGCCAAUGGGAGUUUCUGAAGAUGUUGGUGUGAUUUGUUCAGGCAGCAGACAGAUGAGGUUGGUGAAUGGAACAAACCGCUGUGCUGGGAGAGUAGAGCUUUAUCGUCAUGGCAUCUGGGGCACCAUCUGUGAUGAUAACUGGGAUCUAUCAGAUGCCAAUGUCAUUUGCAAACAGCUUGGAUGUGGGCAUGCCAUUGAGGCAUUUGUCUCUGCUCAUUAUGGUGAAGGGUCAGGGCAGAUCUGGAUGGAUGAUGUGAAUUGCACUAU